UGUGUGUGUGUGUGUGUGUGUGUGUUGUAAACGGAAACUGUAACGUUAAUUUCCUGAAACACGAAUAACAUUUCGUCCAAACCAUGAAUGUCUUCAGGUGCUCUGUGGAAAUUAAUUAAAGUCGAACGCUAGCGUUAUUCUCUGGAAAUAUAAACUAACGCUGAAAGUUGACCAGAAAUGCUGAUAUUUGUCCUCCUGCUGUGUCACUUCACUUUAUGUGGACACUGUGCAUGUGUGAGAAAAACCCUUCAAACACCAGAUCAAGACAGUAAAGUGUUUGUUGUGGACCAGGAGGCCAACACAUUUUUAGGACGUCGCCUGUUGUUGAACCGCUUCGACUUUGAGAUCCUGACCCCAGGUAAUCUAGAACGAGAGUGCUACGAGGAGGUGUGCAGUUACGAGGAGGCUCGGGAAGUCUUUGAGAAUAUCCCUGAUACAGAUGCCUUUUGGAAGAAAUAUACAAAGGAUAAGGGUGAAUCCCAAUCAAAAGUUGAUGUGACAGCACUGCUGGUGGGCAUCAUCACAGCUGGAGUCUUUAUUGUUAUAGUUGGCCUCCUUAUCUGGUACUUCUGCCAGGGGAGGAAUAAAGACUAUGGCUUCCGAGGUUCAUUCCGACGUCGAUCCAACCGAAGCAAUGCCUCUGUGAUCAUCCGGAGACUGGAGGAGGUCUCUCUGCACCCUAUUCCUCAAACAGACGCCUAUGUCAGCCCCGAUGCUCAAGGUUUACCUUCUUAUGAACAGGCCAUCGCCAUCAAUGGACCACAUGAUGCCCCACCUCCGCCGUAUCCUGGUUCCAGGCCAAGCAGCAUCCGACGAUAACCAAUCAUCAUUUUCCGAACUGAAUCCGGAUGGACUAAACCACUUUUUCUUGACUAUGAACUGAAAAUGUGUUAAACCAAAGGCAUUUGGAUUUAAUACACUGGAAUAAACCACUAAUAUUAAGCUGCAUUGCAGCGUUUAGUCUUAUUAGGAAAUAAUUAAAAUCUUUGAACAUUUCUGGAUAGUGUAGAUAGUUAGAGCUACCUAGAAAGAUAACCUUUAAACCUAAUCGCCAUUUUUAUUCUUUCAAGUGUUUAUUUAAAACCAUAACCAGUUUUAUAUUAAUAACUGUUACAAUAAAAGAAAGAUCAUAGUGUUUUAUAUAAUAUGGUGGGCUUUUAUGAAGGGCAAAUCAUUUUAUCCCUUUUCAGUAUGCUAUAGUCCAUUUUAACGAUCUAGUAGGGUGUGACUUAGAUUUGUGUAUUUACUGGAUCAGUAUUUGGUGUAUAUUCUGUGAUCAGCUCACCAAAAACCAGAUUACCUCCUCUAACGUCAUGACACUUCUGUCAGGCUGUGUUGUUUUGCACUAAACCUUGUGCGUGUAGAUAAACGAAUUCUGUUGCUUUUGUCUUCUUUAGGGAUUUCAGUUCAUUCUACUGGCAUGAACAUCAGCUUUAAAGGGCAUUUUGCCAAGCGGCUGGUACUGUACAGGUUUCUGAAGCAUCUCUUUGAUGCCUUUUAAAUGAUAAUGGCUGGGCUCUAGUGUUAUCAUCAUAUGGAUAUUAAUAGACUUUAUAAUAAACUGUCUAAUUUGUUUGAA